AUGAAUGGAAUCAAGGGCUUGGGCCUGGACUUCUCCGAAGCCUCGUGGCGCUUGCAUUCCCUUUGUCUGUUGCUUGCUCUUGGCUCGUUUGUUUGGGGAUACAACGUCGGCGUUCUCGCCUCGGUCCUCGCCCAUCCCGGUUUCCGCGAGACCAUCCCCGGCUAUAGCCCGUAUAGGCGCGGCCUCAUCACGGCCAUCUACUACCUCGGCACAUGGCUGAGUUAUGUCUUCUUCUCCCGUCCCGCAGCGGACCUGCUCGGCCGUCGCUAUGCUGCCAUGGUGGGCAUGUCCGUGCUAUGCGUCGGUCAGGCACUUCAGGCCUCCGCGUCGGGGUCGGUGGCGCUUAGUAUGGUGAUGAUCGGUCGGGUUGUUUCUGGCUUGGGCACCGGUAUUGUCUCGACGAGUGUGCCGUUGUAUCAAAGUGAAAUUGCUCCGGCCAAACAACGAGGCAAACUUGUCGUUUUGAACCAUGUCGGGUUCGUAGCUGGACUUGCCUCUGGCUUCUGGGUCGGCUACGCCAUAACCUUCUGGAACGACUCACACGGCUACCUCAGCGGCUGGCGCCUCUCCGUCUCCCUCUCCUUCAUCCCCGCCACUCUCUUCCUCCUGGGUCUCCCCUUCCUCUACGAGUCCCCGCGCUGGCUUGUCGAGCACGGCCGCGCCGACGAAGCCCUCAAAGCCCUGCAAUUCUACCGCGAAGGGGCCUUCACCCCUUCACAAAUCCAGGAUGAACUGACCGACAUCAAGCGCAACGUGUCCGCCUACCAGGCCACAAGCCUGAAGAAGUGGACCUCCCUCUUCACCAAUCCCAGCUUGUUCUCCCGCCUGUGGCGAGCGGCCCUGCUGCACUUCAUGGCGCAGAUGUGCGGCGCCACGGCCAUGAAGUACUACUUGCCGGAACUUUUCAGGGUGUUGGGCCUCAGCCCGCGCGUGUCGUUGCUGGCGGGCGGGAUCGAAAGUACCCUGAAGAUUGGCUGCACGGUGUUGGAAAUGUUUGUUAUUGAUAGGGUGGGGAGGAGGGUGACGUUGGCUGUUGGGGCGGGGAUUAUGGCUUUUGCGUUGUUAAUCAACGGCGCCCUCCCCCUCGCUUACCCCAACAACACCAACCGCGUAGCUGACUACACUUGCGUCGUCUUCAUCUUCAUCUACUCGCUUGGCUACAGCAUGGGUUUCGGCCCGGCGGCUUGGGUUUACGGGUCCGAGAUCUUCCCCACUGUCGCUCGCGCGCGCGGGUUGAGCUUCGCUGCUUCUGGCGGCGCUGUGGGCUCGAUUAUUGUUUCUCAGCUGUGGCCUAUCGGGAUUGCUGAGCUUGGGUCCAAGAUUUACUUCUUCUUCAUGGCUGUCAACCUGGUCUGCGUACCGAUCAUCUUUUUGCUUUAUCCUGAGACGAAGGGACGUCCGCUGGAAGAUAUGGAGGUGUUGUUUGGCGGGUAUGAGGGUAGAACUCCGUCGACUACGUCUUUGCUUUUGGCUGAUGAGAGGGACGAUGAGGAUGAGGAUGAGGAUGAGGACGAGGAUGACGAGGAUGAGAGGCCAGGUAGGCCGCUGCUUGGUGAUGGAAGAGAUGUGGCAAGGUAG